CCCGAAGCCUGAGCGGAUUUUACGAGCAUCGGCGCGGUCGCGGCUCGGCGCUGUGAGACUCUGAAGCAGGCGGCUUAUUGUUAUCCUGAGGCGCGACAGAAUCGGUUUACAUUCGAACCAGAACGAUAAUUUCAACUUCUAAACCAACGGCAAAAAUGAGUACCAUCAAUGUGAAGAAGCUGAAAGUGAACGAGCUCAAGGACGAGCUAAAAAAGCGUCAGCUUUCGGAUAAAGGCUUGAAGGCCGAGCUGAUGGACCGGCUACAGGCCGCGCUCGACGCCGAGGCCCAAGCCGGAGACGCCGCGCUCGAAGCAGAGGAUGAGGAAGAGGAAAAUGGCGCCGAGGGAGAUGGUGCUGAGCUCGAACAAGAAUUAAUGGGAGAAGAGUUGGAGGAGGAGGAUGAAGAGCCCGCAGGAGAGAACAUGGAGGCCGAGGAGGAAAAUGGAGGCGGCGGAGGCGACGCGCCGGAGAGUACACAGGGCAACCGUGAGGAGGACAUUGGGCAGGACGACGAAAUGGCCGACGAGGAGGAGGAGGAAGAUGGAGACGCCGGGAUUGAAAUAGACAAAGCUUUUGAGGAGGAAGAGGAAGAAGACGACGAGGCCGCGGAAAAAAUCGACGGAGAGGAUGGUGAGAGAGAGCCACAGCCGACUGAGGGAGAUGCGGACAAAGACAUCAGUGCUGAUCAGAAGAAUAAGAAGGGUGUUAAGAGACGCCGAGAGGAACAUGGAAGGGGCUACUUUGAAUUUAUUGAAGAAAGCAAAUACAGCCGGGCCAAAUCUCCCCUGCCACCUCUGGAGGAAGAGGAUGAAGAGUUUGAUGAUACUCUGGUGUGUCUGGACCCAUACAACUGCGACCUGCACUUCAAAGUGUCAAGAGAUCGCUAUAGCGCCACAUCACUCACAAUGGAGAGCUUUGCCUACCUUUGGGCUGGUGGCCGAGCUUCUUACGGUGUGAACAAAGGCAAAGCAUGCUUUGAGAUGAAGAUUAUUGAGAAGAUCCCUGUGAAGCAUGUGAAGAGUAAGAACAUGGAUGUCCAUGAUGUGCAGAUUGGCUGGUCCCUGGCUAACGGGAGUUUGUUGCUAGGUGAGGAGGAGCAUUCUUAUUCUUUCGCAGUCAAGGGGAAGAAGACGACAAAUUGCCUGACUGAAGACUACGGCGAGUCUUUUGACGAAAACGACGUGGUUGGCUGCUUUAUUAAUUUUGACGGAGAUGAAGUUGAGAUUUCAUAUUCUAAGAAUGGGAAAGAUCUUGGUGUGGCCUUUAGAGCCAGUAAGGAGGCUCUGGCAGGGCGUGCUUUGUUCCCCCACGUUCUCUGCCACAACUGUGCUGUAGAAUUUAACUUUGGACAGAAGGAAACACCGUAUUUCCCUCAGUCGGAGGGCUUCACCUUUCUUCAGCAAAUCUCAGUGGAUGAGCGAGUACGUGGACCCAAGGGACCCGAGACCAAAAAAGAUUGCGAGGUCAUAGUCAUGGUUGGCCUUCCUGGAUCAGGAAAGACUACAUGGGUGACAAAGCAUGUCGAGGAGAACCCUGGAAAAUACACUAUUCUGGGAACUAACACCAUUGUGGAAAAGAUGAUGAUUAACAGUUUGAAACGACAGAACAAAGACACAGCAAAGCUCACUGCCAUCUCCCAGAGUGCACCUCUUUUCCUCGGCAAGUUCAUUGAGAUUGCUGCUCGCAAAAAGAGGAACUACAUUUUGGACCAGACCAACGUUUCUGCUGCUGCCCAGAGACGGAAGAUGUGCCUGUUUGCUGGCUUCCAGCGCAGGGCUGUUGUGGUCUUGCCCACAGAUGAGGCUUACAAAGAGAGGACUCAAAAGAAAGCUGAAACCGACGGCAAGGAUGUCCCUGAGCAUGCUGUGCUGAAGAUGAAGGGGAUAUACACAUUGCCAGAAGUGGGUGACUGCUUCUCAGAGGUCACCUAUGUGGAGCUGCAGAAGGAGGAAGCUGCCAAGCUCUUGGAGCAAUACAAAGAGGAGAGCAAGAGUGCGCUGCCUCCAGAGAAGAAGGCCAACCAAGGCACCCCCAAGAAAGGUGGUGCUCGCAGCCGAGGGGGCAAAGGCCAGUUCAACAGGGGUGGUGGCCCAGGUCCACGAGGAGGCAGAGGAUCUUUUCAGAACCGUGGAAACUUCAGAGGGAUUCCUGGUCCCCGUGGAGGCUUUGGUCAGCCGCACAGAGUUGCUUUGCCACCUCCUGCCUUCAGAGGCGGCUACCCAAGCCGUGGCAGCUAUGGCCGGGGCCCAGGAGGACCACCCAACAGGAGCUUGGUACCUAGAGGACCUCCUGCCAGGGGUGGCAUGGGUAGCAUGGGAAACAGAGGUGGAUCCAUGAACCGUGGCAAGCCAAUGCACAGAGGCAACAUGAACCGUGGUGGUGGUGGGCACGGUGGUGGACCCAGCAGGGGAAAUUUCAACCAGAAAUUCCGUGGACGCGGAGGAAACCAGCAGAACCGUGGUGGGUUUGGUAACAGGAAUGGAAACUUUGGCAUGAAUAAAGCCCAGGCCUUCAAUCAGAGCUGGCAGCAGGGAUUCUGGAACCAGAAGCCAUGGAGUCAGCAGUACCACCCAGGAUAUUACUAAGCAGGCUUUUGUAUUAAAGACUGGUGGCUUGUGGAGAACUCCCUCUUGUGACCACAGAGCCCCAACGUUCUAUUUUAUUGUCUUUUAAAAAAACAAAGGAAAGAAAGAAAACGUGUUUUAAGAUAAAUAUACACGUGGACAUGCAUUCCACAUUCCAGCAUCAGGUCCCCUAUAGAUCUGAGGGGUUCCCUUUUCCAUACCUGUUUAUCUUCCCCCUACCCCACCCCCACACACCCUCUUCUUAUUUUAGACUUGUUUUGAUAUUUCCUCGUAUACAAAAACCACCCUGUUCUGUUUUUUUGCAUGGGAUGCUUUUGAAUUUCAGAGUUGUGGAUUUUAUUGUCAUUUUUACUAAAUGUAAAUUAUUAUUUUGCGAGUUCGUUUUUGUAAAAGCAUCAUGGCGUUUGAAAAUCAGAUCUUCCAGAUCUGAUGGUCGCGUUUUAGAGGCAGUUCAAGGCAGGUGUAGUAAUUAAGCAGCAAAACGCCUAUUCAUCAAUCUUCAGGAAGUUUUUCUGUAAUACCCCAACAUGUUGCUUUUCCUGUCAUUUUGUUUUUCAGUCAAAUCUGUACUAGUUAUAGGUUUACAAUAAAUGGGUUAUUUGCUUUUGUACAACUUGGGUUGUUUUAAGUUUUCAUUUACCUUUAAAACCUAGCUCAUUGGAUGUAGCUAGUAAAGAAGUUUUACAUUUCUUUCCAGCCCUGCUCGGCUCUGGAAAAAUGGAGCAUAAAAAAAAAAUUAGCAUAUUCAUAAACUUGGUUUUGUCUGACCCAGAACUAAAAUGUAUCUUGUAUAGAGACACUAAUCCUACUUGCAUUCAGGGACAUUGUUUUCCAUCACAGACUUCAAAAUGAUGGGGUCUGUUUUUGCACCCUGUAAUGGUGCAUUUUAUUGUCAGCACUACCUAUUUAGUAAUAUGUUACACAGAAAUGUAAGUUCCCUGUUGUGCUAUAGUUAUAUAAAACACAUAAGGUAGUUAUACCUGCUUUAUAUAAACCUCAAGCAUGUAAUUUCUCUCGCUCUCACACACACACACACACACCUGGAAGUUCUACUUUUUAAAUGUUUAGGUGCGGAUUCAUGACAUCAUUCUAUUUUAUUCAGAGUGUACAGGAAGGAUGAUUUUACUAGAAGUUAAAUGUGUAUGAGCUGAGGCAUAUUCCAGUUCUCUGAAUUGUUAUGCAGAAUUGGCCUGAUUGAAUAUUGUCUUUUGCUGCUGGUUUCAGAAAUUCAUCAAAAAACUAAAUUUAGUACCAAUAUGUACUUGGUGUUACUUAGGAUCUCUCUUCUUUUUAUAUGUAAAUAUUUGUCUUGGCUUGGUGCAAUUCUAGGUAUGAGGUGGUAAAUGUCCACUGAUAUCUUGGCAGCUAUUUUAUUAACUGUAAGUAGAAAACUUGCGCCAUACACAAGUUCAUGUGUUUACCUGUAGAGCAUACUGACUGAUACACUGGUGUUUUGUUGCCCCUUAAAGUAGGUAGUUUCCUUAUCAAAUAUAAAUACUGUAUUAAUAAACUUCUUAGAAGCAUAAGAGAUGAGAACCUGCAAGAUUAUACUGAAUGUUUAAGUGCUGGAGUUACACAAGUGGAUUUAGAGUAUUGUGGCUUGAUGGGUUAAAAGUGUCCUUUAAUUUACUUCUCAAGUUUUGUAUUGUGCUAUAUUUAUCUUACAAGGUUAACCUGUUCUAGUUUGAUAUUGAAAAAGGUGUCCAUGGCAUUUAAGACUAAUAAACUCAUGAAGUGGUU